CACACCAAAGGAACAAAGCCUAGUUACUACACACUAGCAUCUAUUCUCUCCAGUCAUUCUCAGCCCGAAAGAGCAAUGAGCAGCAUCGCCGCCAAAUGGAAGAAACUGAGCGGCGAGGACCACUGGGACGGGCUGUUGGAUCCACUCGACGCUGACUUCCGGCGGUACCUCAUCCACUACGGGGAGCGGCUGCAUUCUGUGUACGACGCAUUCAACGGGGAAACAAGGUCCAAGGCGUACGGAUUCAGCCGUUACCCACCGGAAAACUUCUUCUCCAGGGUCUUCCUCCAGAACGGGAAGCCGUACAAGUACCAGAUCACCAAGUUCUUCUACGCCUCCUCGGAGUUCACGCUGGGCGACUGGAUCGUCGCCGGCGGGUCCGCGUGGAUGGGGUACGUGGCGGUGAGCACGGAGGAAGGGAAAUCCAUUUUGGGGAGGAGGGAUAUCUUGGUUUGCUGGAGGGGAACCUUGACCAACGUGGAGUGGUUCCAGGACGUGAAUUUCCCGGCUGUUUCGGUUACCGAGGUUUAUGGGACUGCCCAUAAUCCCAAGGCUCAUCAGGGUUUCUUUAGUGUCUAUGCUCACAAGAACCCGGAUUCUACCUACAACAAGAACAGUGCCCGUGAACAGGUUUUGGCGGAGGUGAGGAGGCUGGUGGACAAGUAUCGCGAGGAAGAAAUGAGCAUAACCGUGGUGGGACACAGCUUGGGCGCCGCCCUUGCAACCCUAAACGCGGCGGACAUCGUGGCCAACAACUACCACAAACCAACCGGUUCGACCGCUGGCUGUCUGGUCACGGCCUUCGUCUAUGCUAGCCCACUCGUUGGCGACUGGGGCUUCUACAACAUGUUCAACGCACUGACGGACCUCCGGCUGCUGCGGAUCAGGAACCUGCCCGACCCGGUCCCAAACCUCCCGCCCAAGCUCUUGGGGUUCUCCGAGGUCGGGAAGGAGCUUCUCAUCGUCUUUGCUUCCCCUUACUGUAAGGUGCUUCUCAACCCACACAACUUGGAGCUCUACAUGCAUGGAGUCGCGGGUUACAACGGGUUGAAACCGUUCAAGCUCGUGGUGGAGAGAGACAUCGCGUUGGUGAACAAAGGGGAGGAUCAUCUCAAGGAAGAGUACAACGUGCCUCCGAAAUGGUGGAACGUGAAGAAUAAGGCCAUGUAUCAGUUGGAUGAUGGGUCGUGGGAUCUGCGCGACUACAUGCCUCCUCCUCCAGAGUUCGUCGUCCUGUUAUAAAUUUUACGUCCGGUUUAAAUAUUACCUCCAACGUUUAAAAUGCAAGCAAGAAAUCGCAUGUUGGUAGAUACGAAGGGUUGUGCGUAAUAAUUGGAGGGUCUUAGUAAGCUGAGUAUUUUGGAUUAUGGUAAGUAAUAAAUAGAUUUUGAAUAAUUCGUCGGGGGUAACAAAAGAUGUGAUCAACUGGACACCGCCGGUGGAAGGAGCUUUGGACCUUUUGUUCAACUUUUCUGGUUAUAUUGUAUUGUGUUGUUUUGUCUAAGUUUCAAUAAGAAAAUAAAUAAUGUGUG